AUGGUUUUUACUGUAUAUUUUAAUAUUCCACUAACCCUUAUUUGCUUACUAUCGCUGAUCGAUGCAAGAAAACAUCGCAGGCCGAAUGAGAUCGGUGUCGUCAACCUUCUCGACCGGAAUAUCAAACUCCACUGCCAGUCUAUGAAAACAGAUAUGCACGACAGAUUUCUGAAUGUCCACGAGCGCUUCAGCUUCAAGUUUUAUGAUAUUGAUCGAGGUGAUAUGCAUUUUUGGUGCGAUGUCUAUGCCCUUGGUGGGCUAGACAAGACUUUUGAUGCUUUUGGCGGUUUUGCGCCGCUCAGGACCAAUUUGACUUGGUUUAUCCGAGUGAAUGGAGUCCAACUCGAUUCCCCGGAAGCCAUUUCCUUCCCCUGGAGGGAUUCGUCAGCCCUUCUAGCCUCGAUCCCGAGGACCAUCGCUUCCGGCUUUACGCGUCGACCUGGCCUUUUGAAAACUGGA